AUGUUCUCUCGUAAUGUCAAGCAUCCCCAACAUGGCAAAACUAAAAGGGCCUACUCCUCUGACGACUCUCUAUCUGAAACCGAACGCCAAGCAAUCCAUAUCGAGCUAGAAGAGAUGACCCUGCAUCCUCAAGGGCGAGCUGGGGCAGUGGGAAGAGUCCAGCCUUGUCGGGGAGCCAAGCGAAAAGCCCAAGAAUCGAUCGAUAAUGCCUAUCUAAGGGAAAAAAUAUGGAGGGAUACUCAAGAGGUAUUGAGAAUAUCCAAAAGGCGGAAGAGGACUGAGUUGACUGAGAGAGGUCUAUCGACAAGUGGGCUAUGGAAGGGCAGAGAGAUUGUAGCUUCUCAAUCGAAGUUGGACGUCGGUCAUUCUUCUGAGAAGUUGAUUUACGCAAACAUCAGAAGAGGAGGAAUGAAUUUGGGCAAGGGAGAAGGGGAGAGUAGGCAAGCUGAAGGCGUAGAGGGUGAUUCAGAGACUGACCUUGAAGAUUGCGGAGAAGUAUUAUCCCAAGAGAGUCGAUUAUGCGAUGAAAGUGUUCAAGAUACUGAAGAAGGUCUUCAAGGGGAAGGGGAAGGGGAAGGGGAAGGGGAGAUAAGCGCAAGCGAUGAUAAUGAUGAUUCAGAAGAUCGCUUGGAGCUUCCAGCCUCAUACGAUCUAACCGAAAACGUAUCCGUAGAUGUGGAUGAUCCUUUGAGUACAUCCCAAGAUGAACCAAGUUGUACAGAUAUACAAGACGAAAGUGACGACUGUGAAGAGCGAGAAGGUCAUGGGAUUGAUCAAGAUGAGAUAUUAAAUGGUGAUGGGAGCAACCCACGUCAUGAAGAGUCAAAUUCAUCAAACCUAUCGGAUCUACCAGAGAACCAAACGGAGGAGGAGUCAUCAGAAUCGCAAGACUCCGGCUGGCCCGACGUCUCCCAAAGCCAGAUCCUGACUGGUGGCAUGCUGUUACCGAUCGAGGAUCCAACUGUGAAAGGGGAAGACCAAGUCAGAGAUCGAUGUGUAUUCUGUCUCAAUAACCUCGAAACCAUCCGACGUGAUUCGAUUCAAAGUGCUUUAGAUCCAAUAUUGGUAAUUUGGACAUGUGAUCAAUGUCAAACAGACUGUACCUUCACUUGGGUGACUUCCAACUGCCCCAAACGAGGAAGAAGACUGAAGAGGAAUAGGAAAUGUCCUAUUUGUAGAUAUAGAUGGUCUUCUUUCGAUAUACUAGAACAAGCCAGGACGUAUAACCCUGUUCUUUAUCAUUUAUCAUAUUGA